AUGGCAUCAACACAACAAUCACUCAUCGUGCAAGAGACUGGCAAGCCAGUGGUGAAAAUCACAAGACCUAUUCCUACCCCUAAGGAAAAUGAGGUUCUUGUUAAGACGACAUCUGUUGGCAUAAAUCCCCACGAUGCAAAAAUUCGAGACUGGGGUCUCUUUCAACUUCCCCUUCCUACAACCUUAUGCAACGAUGUCGCUGGUGUAAUCACUGCCAAAGGCGAUAAAGUUUCCGGCUUUGAACUUAACGAUCAUGUAUUCGGAUAUCCCAGGUUCGUGGUCGAUGCCCAAGGAUCCCAACAAUAUGCUCUUUUGGAAGUUGGAUGUUUUGCCAAAGUACCAUCCAAUAUUACCGAUGACCAAGCAGCAACACUGCCAGUAAAUCUAUUUGCUUCUGCUCUAUCAUUCUGGUCCAAUGAAGCUUUUGGAUUCUCAUCUCCGUGGGCAGACGAUAAGACCUUCGAUGCUUCAUCUCAGGCUGUAGUCAUUCUUGGGGGAGGAAGCAGCUGCGGAAAAUUCGCCGUUCAAGUCGCAAAAAUCACUGGAAUUGGAAAGAUCGUCGUAGUCGCGUCCAAAUCAAACGCCGAUGAGCUAAGAUCUUAUGGGGCAACCCAUAUCAUCGAUCGUCAUGGUACAGACUCGGAAGUCAAGGCACGUGUCCAAGAGGCUGUCGGUGAUGAAAUCGUUUACGUUUACGAUCCUAUCAACGAUGAUCAAUCAUAUGCCAUUUCUUUACUAUCCGAAAAGAAGAGAGGUAAAGUCGUAACAUUGUUACACGUGAAGUCGUCUCCCGGUCAUCAUGAUAUCUCUCAGACAUCUGGUCUGCCUCAAUUGCAUAUGGAUUUCUCUAAGGAAUUCUUCAAGCUAUUGCCAAGCUGGGUAAAUUCUGGGGAAAUUAAGCCGCUUGGCUUCAAAGUUUUUGAAGGUGGUUUGGAUGUAGAUGCAUUCAAUAAGAUAUUGGAUAACCAUCGGGAUGGUAGGAACCCUGGAAAAUGGCACUUCCAUCCCAACGAUGCUUGA